AUGCGUCCAUUACCUAUUUCCAAAGGCAUCGCUAAAGCUCCAACAGGUACUCGGAAGAUGAACGAGCGUCGGUCGGCCAAAUCAUCCUAUCGUUCGCUCCGGGAAAAGAGCGAUGCGCCUGUUAACUCUCCGAUCACGCAAGCUAGCUUAGACGAUUCCUGGCCCCCCUUGGCUAACAUAAUUUACCCACCCAUAACUGCACUACUUGAGACGGCCGCAGCAGACAGCACAGCGGUUGAGACGGGGCACAUAGCCGGUGACUCUCCUCUUGGACUCUCGGAACAAGAGCAGUCAAUCGUGCAUAGGAUGUACAGUUCCUCUACCGGGACAUCUACGGAGCCUCCCAACCUUGACUGUUUCUCAUUUGCGGUUGCAGUGAAUCCAGCUAACCACGAAUUAACAGGGCUUCAUGACUUGGGCUUGGAAACAACCGGAGACGCUUCAGCAAGCGACGAUGACCUAUGCAGGGCCAUUCAAAGCCAUGAAGAGAUUAUCAGGAGAGAUGAGAGAUUCCAAGGAGUUGAUAUUGAGGAGCCUCACUGGCAACAUGACAUUCGGUCGGGCGGGGGCUUCUAUUCUGAUAUAUUUGGACCCGAUAGUUCCGACUACAAUGAAAUGAAUACCCUCACUCAACAGCUACAGUUUCCUGGCGGUAGCCAGAUAAUGAUCAGACGUUUCUUCGUGGGGUAUACGUCGAGUAUACUGUCUAUCAGGGACGGCGAUAGCGUGGACCUAUGGCAAGCGCUUGUCUGGCCUAUGGCGCGUGAUUGUCCUGCGCUCCACCACGCUCUAGCCGCAAUGACUUGUGCACACCUAAGCAAGAGCCAAGAGCAACUUAAUCUACUCAGCAUGAAACACUUCAAUCUCAGCGUCCAAGCUCUCCUCAUUAGCAUGGACAACAACGGCAGUAUGCCCUUGGAGGCUGAAAUUGCCACCAGGUUCGCCCUUGCCUUCGCUGAGUCCUGGAACUGUCACACACCAGCAACGGGGGUCACUCAUCUCAACGACGCCAGAGCACUCAUUCAACAGGCUGUCCAGAAGCGUUUUGCUUCAGAACCAGUAAAUAGUAACUGGAAUGUCUGA